AUGUCAGCGCCUCUAACGGCCUCCCCAGCUACUUCGUAUACCCCACCUACUCCUCGCCCCCGCUCCCGCCGCCUCGCCCGAAAGCGCAAAUUAGAGGUCGCCGAGGCGCCAGAUCCUGACGCCAAUGAUGUCGAGUUCGUGGACAAUGCGGAUAUCCAGCUCGAGGAUGCGCAGCUGGACGAGGCCAUGUCCGACGCCGAGGCAGCUGAUGCCGACUCUGAGGACGAGGGUUUGCUGGCAGACGCGAACUUGCCGAUCGAGGAGCUACUCAAGCGAUACGGCUACAACAUACAAGCCCCAGUCGAAGGCUCAGAGUCAGAGGCUGACGCUGUCGAUAAGGGUGCUGAGGUCAAUCCGACCGACGAGCAGAAGCGUGGCUCACCUCACGACCAGUCACUGACCGACGCUGGACUCGAUGAUGCCAAACGCGACUUGUCGCCCGCUGUCGUCGUCGAGGGCAAGCGGCAGCGAAAGGUUCGCACGGUGUGGACACCUCCAGACGACCGGCCGCAGCAGCUCGCGUCUAAGAAUAAGAAGAACAAAGUGCAGAUUGUCGAGCCCGACACCUCGUCCGACGUUGAGAUGGAGUCGACACCUGAGCUUUCGAGUGAGGACGAAACCGACGAGGAGGAGGAUGUCCAGGAAGACGAGGUCAAACUCGAGGAGGACCCGAACGCUCCUCGCCUGAAACCUCCUUUCCUCCUCCGCGGCACACUUCGCCCGUACCAGCAGGCCGGUCUCGAGUGGCUGGCGAGCCUGUACAGUAACAACAUGAACGGCAUUUUGGCCGAUGAGAUGGGUCUUGGUAAGACAAUCCAGACCAUCGCGCUACUCGGACAUCUCGCGUGCGAUCUCGGUGUCUGGGGUCCACACCUCAUCAUUGUGCCCACGUCUGUCAUCCUCAACUGGGAGAUGGAGUUUAAGCGCUUCCUGCCUGGCAUGAAGGUGCUCACCUACUACGGCAACCAGAAGGAGCGCAAGGAAAAGCGUGUCGGCUGGAACACGGAAAAUGCAUGGCAGGUCUGCAUCACAAGCUACCAAAUUGUGCUUGCCGACCAGCACAUUUUCCGCCGCAAAAACUGGGUCUACAUGAUUCUUGAUGAGGCGCACAACAUCAAGAACUUUCGCUCGCAGCGCUGGCAAACCCUCCUCGGUUUCAAGACGCAGCGGCGUCUCCUGCUCACGGGCACGCCGCUGCAGAACAAUCUCAUGGAGUUGUGGAGUCUGCUCUACUUCCUCAUGCCGAACGGUAUCACCGCGGACGCGACGGCCGUGGUCGGGUUUGCCAACCACCGGGAUUUCAUGGAGUGGUUUUCCAACCCAAUGGACAAGGCGGUGGAGUCAGGUGAGACAAUGGAUGAGGGCAUGAUCGAGACGGUCUCUAAGCUCCACACCUUAUUACGCCCGUUCAUCCUGCGACGCCUAAAGUCCGAAGUCGAGACGCAGCUCCCAGGCAAGUUCGAGCAUGUCGUCUACUGUCGUCUCUCGAAACGGCAGCGUUUCCUGUACGACGAGUUCAUGUCGCGCGCAUCAACACGAGAGACGCUUAUGAGCGGCGGAUACCUCGGGGUCGUCAACAUUCUGAUGCAGUUGCGGAAAGUGUGCAACCACCCGGACCUGUUUGAGGUGCGCCCCGUGCGUACAUCAUUCGCAGUAGACAAGGGUGUUGCAGGUACCUUCGAGCCAACAGACUUACUUGUUCGCAAGCGCCUACUCGCCGCGGCUGACGACGUCGACCUCGCGUCCAUGAACCUCAUCGUGACUGGACGCGAGGGUGAGUCGGGUUGGGUGGCGGGGCUCCGCGCACGCUUGGACGCGAGCAACAAACUACCGUACGCUACAGAGGACAAAGCCCGCAUACGCAUGCCUAAGAUGGACGCACGCACGCCUGAUGGUUGGCUCAAGUACCGUGAGGCCACGGAGCUUGAGAAGGUCAAGGCACGAUGGCGGGCAAUCCGUGAUAUCAACAGGCGCCGGUGCCAAAGCGGUCCAAUUUAUGGCACCACUACGCUUGAAAUGCUCAGCGAUCUUCCGCGUCUCCUGCUCCCCGACACUGGCAAGCGACGCCUGUCCGACUUGUACGGCUCCCAUGUCCCGCCAGCGGCUGCACUCGUCCGCUCGCACAUCGAGCGCCUGAACGCGAUAUCCCCAGUCAUUGACCGCUUCGCGGUCAUCCCGCCUAACGCCGUCGCUCGCGACGUCGCUGCUUACGCUCUCCCAGGCGUCGACCCUACGCUUCCCGAGCUGCUCGAUCCUGCCUUUGACUCGCUGCAUAGCCCAAGCGUCAAACUGCAAAUUGCAUUCCCGGACGCAUCGCUGUUGCAAUACGACUGCGGCAAACUGCAGAAGCUGUACGAGAUGCUACGCGACCUCAAAGCGGGUGGACACCGCGUGCUGAUCUUCACGCAAAUGACACGCGUGCUCGACAUCCUGGAGAUGUUCCUCUCCUACAACGGACACCGCUACUUGAGGCUGGACGGUAGCACCAAGAUUGAAGACCGGCAGAUUAUUACAGAACGCUUCAACUCAGACCCGCGCGUCUUCUGCUUCAUCGCUUCGUCGCGCUCAGGUGGUGUGGGCAUCAACCUUACGGGCGCGGACACGGUUUUCUUCUACGACUCGGACUGGAACCCCUCUAUGGACCGGCAGUGCAUGGACCGCGCACAUCGCAUUGGUCAGACUCGCGAGGUGCACAUCUACCGAUUUGUGUCUUCGCACACGGUCGAGGAAAACAUGCUGAAGAAGGCAAACCAGAAGCGGUUGCUCGAUCGUGUUGUGAUCCAGGAGGGCGACUUCACGACCGAGUUCUUUGGCCGCAUGGACUGGCGGGACAUGUUGGACGAUGAAGUGCGCGAAGCGCGCGAGAAGGACGGGGUCGAGGAUGUCGAACUCGAGCCUGAGCCUGAGACUGAAGACGUAGCGCAACAUGCCGCGCACGCUGGCGAGGGGCGCGAGUUUGCGGCCGCUCUCGCUGAGGUUGAGGACGAAGAGGAUGCUGCGGCUGCGCGUGUCGCGCUGGGCGAAGGCGAGAUGGACUUCGCUGAGUUUGACGAAGGCAAGAAGGUCAAACAGCGUGAGGAGAGCGAGCCCGUUGUGCCCGUUUCACGGGCAUCCGCCUCCGCUAUCCCUUCCCACCUCGCCAGCUCGGCUGGAACAACACCUGCCCCGGAGGUCGAGGACGACCCCGAGGAUGAGUAUGACGACGACGAUGUCGGUGGCGUUGAUGAGUACAUGCUCCGCUUUGUCGAGUGGGACUGGGACUACUUUUCCUCACUGUAG